AUGUCGGACGUUGAAAACGCCGCUUCCGCUGCGGCGCCAGCAGAGCAGCAGAACGACUCCGCAGACCUUUUCGGCGGAAUGAAGAAGAAGAAGAAGGACAAGAAGAAGCUCGAUCUCGACCUCGAACUUGACGAGGAUGACAACAAGGAGAACGCCGCUGAUGCUGAUGCAGACCCGUCCAACGAAGCUGCCGCCGAGGACGACGAGCUCAACUUUGGCGAAUUGAAAAAGAAGAAGAAGUCCAAGAAGAAGGUCGCUCUCGACCUCGACGCUUUCGAGAAGGAGAUCGGCGAGGGUGAUGACCAGGCCGACGAUGGAGAGGCCGCCACCAACGAUGCAUACGCCGAAGCAGACGAGGAGGAGCUAGGAGAGAACCCAUUCGCACAGGACGCAACCGACGAUGCCGACGCAGCGCCAAAAGACGAUGGCAUCGAGGCGUGGCAGGGCACAGACCGCGACUACACAUAUCAGGAGCUCCUCGGCCGUGUCUUCAAGACGCUCCGCGCUCAGAACCCCGCCCUCUCCGGCGACAAGAAGAAGUUCACCAUGGUUCCUCCUCAGGUCGCGAGAGACGGCUCCAAGAAGACUGUCUUUGCCAACGUCGUCGACAUCUGCAAGCGUAUGCACCGUCAGCCAGAGCACGUUAUCCAGUUCCUCUUUGCCGAGUUGGGUACCAUCGGUUCUGUCGACGGCUCUCAGCGUCUCGUCAUCCGUGGUCGUUUCCAGCCCAAGCAGAUCGAGAACGUUCUCCGAAGAUACAUCACCGAAUACGUCAUCUGCAAGACCUGCAAGCGUCCGGAGACCAAGCUCUCCAAGGAGAACCGUAUCUACUUCGUCACUUGCGAGAAGUGUGGUUCGCAGCGUUCCGUCAGCGCCAUUAAGAGCGGUUUCCAGGCGCAGACCGGCAAGCGCUCCAAGGCCAGGGCUGCUGCAGGUGCUUGA